UUCUCGUAUCAUUAUUCCUAGUAUAUCCCAUCGUUUUCCUAUUCUGGUGACUACAAGGAAGAAUUCUUCUAUUGGCAUAUUUGAACGUCCCAAUGUUCAAUCCAAUAUUUUUAAUGUUUUAAAAGAUCCCAUGGAACAUGAUUCCAGUUUACCUUCUUUUAUGGUUGGUUAUAAAAAUGGAUUUUUACCUAGACAGGAUCCUUUAGCUUGUUUACCCAACAGAUUUUAUGCUCUUGAAUAUCUUUUACAAAAGAUGCCAAUUCGUCUUCCAAAUGGUGAACAAGGUUUGUUAGCAAAAGGUAAAUUAGGUGAAGCUGUUAAAGAUUUACCAUUAUAUGAUGUUAGCUCUAUUUCAGAUCAAAGACUUUUAUCUGCUUUAUUUCGUGAUUAUACGUUUUUGGCAUCCGCUUACUUGCUUGAACCUUGCGAUAUCAUGUAUCGAGAGAAAAAAGAUUAUGGACUAGGUCGUCAAAUAUUACCAAAAAAUAUUGCCGUACCAUUAAAUAACGUUGCCAAAAAACUUUAUGCUUUUCCAUUUAUGGAAUAUACUCUUUCGUACAGUUUAGCCUCAGUGUUAGUUAAAAAAUUUGAAUCAAUUUUUUUAAACUUGGAUCCUUUCCUACCAAUAACAUAUCCUAAUUUAAACCUUGUUCGUGCAUUUGCCGGUACACCUUCCGAGCAUGGAUUUAUCCUUGUCCACGUAGCAAUGGUUGCUAAUAGUGGAAAUUUGGUUCGAUGGACAAUAGAAACUCUCAAUUCGGCUGAACAAAAUGAUCGUUUGAAAUUUAACAAUGCACUUAAGAAUUUAAACGAUACUAUGUUUUCAAUUAAUCAAGAAAUGGAAACCAUGUGGAAAAGAUCAAAUCCUGAUGAUUACUUAAAAUUUCGUACUUUUAUAAUGGGAUCCAAGAAUCAACCCAUGUUCCCAAAUGGUGAAUCCGGUGCAAAUGAUUCCAUGAUCCCAUGCAUGGACAAUUUAUUACAAUUAACUGAAAAAAUGCCAGAUAAUCCUUUAACAGAAGUUUUAAAAGAUUUUCGAAAAUAUCGACCUACAAAUCAUAAAAAAUUUUUAAAUUAUGUUCAAAAUCGUGCCAAUGAAGUUAAUGAUGCAAAUAGUGCAACUCACUAUUUGGAAAAUAUGGACCAAAUUCGUGCAUUCCGUAAUCGACAUUGGAAUUUUACCAAGGAAUAUGUGAUUAAAAAUACUGUGCAUCCUGUUGCUACUGGAGGUUCACCAAUCGUAACAUGGCUUCCCAACCAAUUAUAUACCAUUCUUGAUCAAAUCAUACAAAUUGGUCAAACAAUUGAUAAUACACAACUAUCUUUUGAAAAUAAGAUUAAGCUUGAUGAAAUUUUGAAUAGAGCUACUACACAAGAACGUGUUUUAACGCGUGAAGUUAAAUAUUUAAAAGAAUUAUUUGGAAAAAGUCAAGAUAAAAUUUAG